GGAGGAGGAACGAAAGGGUGGAAAGAAAGGUCGACUAUUAGGCAUAAUUACUCUCAGCGACGUUCUCCGAUACGUUAUCGGUGCAGCCAGCAUAGGCGAAGGAUACGAUCCCAGUCAAAGGACGAGGUCUGAGGAUACGCUGAAUCCUCCGUCCCCAUCCCAAACACGGUGCUGAACGAUAAUACCUUGUAUUUUUAUAUCUAGACGAUUUCUGGCUGUGAUUAUCAGUAGAUUUUUUGAUGUAUAGCAUACAUCUUGACAUCAUCAGUUUCGUAAUCGCACCUUAACAUGUGGCCUUUCAUUCUGACGAGAACGUUUUCUGCAUCUUGUCAAGUUGCAGUCUCCCAAAGGGAUGUUCUGGCUAUUUUACAUGAUAUACCGACCUUAAUUGGUUUCGGUCCGCUGGUGGAAAGUUAUGCGCUGCAAAAAGACGGCAAUCCCUGCACGUAUAUGAUCGUUGAUCGCUUGAAGGUCUUGGGCUUCUUCAGCAUAAUCACGACGAGUAGUGCUACAUUCACUAUUCGAGAUGACGGGCUGAACAUCGAAGUGAAUGCAGGUGCUUGGACGCGGCUCAGGACUGAAUAUCGAGUUAGCCCCGCAGAGGGUCGCGAAUUAGGAAUAUUGAUGAUCGAGCACGUCACAAUCUAUGGCCUCUUCUGCUUCAUGCCCUUUAUCUAUGCCACGCUGGCAAAAUCUCAUCUGGAAGGACAGGAAAGGCUGGUACGCGCUCUCGAGAAACGUCGUUGAGCACGAGGAGAUUACAAUGAUUUCCCUCAGUUUCGAAUACUACUUCAGCUUAGUCCCUGCUUAUGCUUUCUGUGUUGUGGCAAUAGCAUCCACAUUCCAUUACACUCUGAACAAAUUACCUGGGGAAGAUCCAGACGCACCGCCCAAAACUGAAUGGCUGAAUAUGGGUUACUGGAAGAACACCAGUGUCUUCUCUGAAGCCUGUCA